CCUUGACACUUUUCAUGUCCCAAGACAUCAACUAUGUCCUUCUUAAAUGGAAUCAGAAUGGAUUACACACCCUGUGAUGACCAGGAGACUCAGGUCAGUUUAAAAGGUAUCUUAUAGUAGGGGCAGAAGGAAAUGCUAGAGGGGAACUGUGCUGAAGGGACUGCCUUUGUUGGAGAGCCCCCAGAAUACAGAGACCCCACACAAAGUUAAAGCCAGAGGAUUUGAAUCUGCUGGUUCUGCAAUACACCUUACUGCUUUGAGGAGUUUUUAAGAAAGAAAAACACAUUCCAGUUAUGGACUUUGGCAGUGUAAAAGGGAGGAUACUUCCAACAUAAGAAAGAGAAGAAAGAGUUUUUUGUUUCUUGUUGUAAGGGAAUACCCAGUUUUUUUAGCCUUAGUCUUCAUACAUAGUUGAAACUCAAAAAAACUAGCAGAGAUUUCAGUGAUUACACUUCAGAACAAAUAAGAAGAAAUAUAAGGCAAUGGGAAAUACAAGCAGUUCCACAGUAGAUGACCUACAGGCAGUGGAGAUCCAUCAUUGGUACAAGAAGUUCAUGACAGAAUGUCCUUCGGGUCAGCUCACUUUACAUGAGUUCAAGCAGUUUUUUGGAUUGCGGGGACUAAGCGGAGAAGCCAAUAGCUAUAUAGAGCAAAUGUUCCGUACUUUCGACAUGAACAAGGAUGGAUAUAUCGAUUUCAUGGAAUAUGUUGCUGCUCUGAGCCUGGUGCUUAGGGGAAAGAUUGAGCAGAAACUUCGCUGGUAUUUCAAACUAUAUGAUGUGGAUGGAAAUGGCUGCAUAGACCGUCAUGAGUUACUCAAUAUUAUUAAGGCCGUGAGAGCAAUUAAUGGCUGCGAUCAUGAUACAACCGCUGAAGAAUUUACCAAUCGUGUGUUUGACAAGAUUGAUGUCAAUGGUGAUGGGGAGCUGUCACUAGAAGAGUUUGUUGAAGGUGCUCGGAAGGAUGAAGAAUUUAUGGAUGUCAUGAUGAAAAGUCUGGAUCUGACCCACAUAAUGACAAUGAUUAACAACCGAAGACAUAGCGUGUGACUGGCAAGAUACAAACAUAAUAUUAUAUGGGGGUAGGAAGAAUGACAAGCAUAGAGAAGGGUGCAGAGAGCACAUGACAAAGCUCGUGACACUGAUGGAGACAGUAUAUUAAAGAGGAAAGAUGUAACAGUUGGAUAAAGAUACUGAACUGAAAAAAGAAAAUAUCAGUAUGUAAGAUGGGAAGGAAGAUAAAGCAUUUUAAGAAGUAGAAUUUGCAAGUUUGCAGAGCAUUUAGGGGGCAUGAAUUACACAGCUAAGCUUCCAAAUCUAUUUUGGCAUAUGUACAUAUAGGAUAGUGUUCAAUAACAAUUUAAAAAACAACUGUCCUGAGAUUCAUGCAGAACUUAACUACAUAAAGAAGAUUGCAUAUGUCAGUAAUUGCUUUAUUUUAGAGAUAUGUUUGCAGAGAUAUCUUAACAGUUGAGUGCUUUCAACUAAAUCAGGAAAAAUGAGGGAUAUCCUCCCAGUAUUAAACAGAUUACCAGCAAACAGAUAACAUACUUUUGUCUGUCCUCUGGAGGAGUGAUUCUAACCCUAAGUUUCAGGGUAGAGUGGCAAUGGGAAAAUUCACAGGAGACAAAGGCAGAUGUUAGACCUUUGGGGGAGAUUUUUGGUCAUGCUUCUGUUAUGGCCUAAUAAUUAAAGUAAUAUUAAAACUAGGCCCCACUUAUCUACCUGAGCCCAGUAUAUAAAUCCAGGAGAGAUGACAUUUCGCAACGUGAAUUUUUGGAUAUCCUUGCAGUGCUUCUGUAGAUUCUAUAUUUAUGGAAAUCCAAAUUCCUAAAUUGUGGGGGUUCUAAGUAUUGUGUCUUAUGGGUUUGAAUGAUGGGCAGAAAGUACUAUAUUUAACAAAGAAUAGUUAAGCAACAUGUAAGAGACAAAGGAACUGUAUCAGCAAUGUCUCAUAGAAUGUGGGCAUGGAAAAGAAACUCUUGCAACUCAUCAUCAAUACACUAAGCUAUUGCAACCAAUUGGCAAAUAGCUUUAAAUAGUAUACUGUGAAGUACAGGAUGCAAAUCUUGAUGCAUAUUUAUGAACACUGUGCAAUUUUACACCAGCAUAGUGUUCAUAAAUGAGCAUCAUUGAGUAUAUAUGGCAGAUAAACAAAAGAAUGUUAGGCUGGCAUCUUCGGAGGUCGCAAUGUAGUGGAUGGGGUGCAGUUUGAAAGUCAAUUUUGUACAGUUUCAAUCCAAGAAGUCUAAAAACCCCUGAUAUAGAGUGUAAAGCAUUUUCGAAACAUGGGUUGUACCAGAAACUGCCUGUGACAUAAGGUUUGUAGUAUAAUAGACAGUGCCUGAAAGAAAUUGCACAUAUAAAAAGCAGAGUGUCAGCGAUCUAAUAGAAGAUGGGAGUGUACUAGAAGUGUUUCUGAUGACAAAUAAAUGUGUUUGAUUAAUUGAUUUAUAAGCAGGGGGAUUAUAGAGGUUUUGUAUUUGGGACAGAGUCUACUAACAUUUAAAGGGCUCAUUUGCUAAAGUAGGAAAAGGUGCAAAGUGCAAAAAUAGAUACAAUGUAGCAUAUUUUUGCCUACAGUCCACCUUGCACACCCACCUUAAUUUUUUUGCAGUCAUUGCACAGAACAGGUUUCUGGCUUGAGAAACUUGCACUAAGCUUAUAAGGGCACAUAUGCACUGGUGCUAUGAGUAUGGUGCUGUAAGGGGUGCAAUUUGCACCUACCCCUAAGUAAAUGAGUUCUAUGGUUUCUGUUUAAUUUAUAAGAAUGCAAGCACAGUGUCUGAAAAAGAGUGAAUGUAACAGAUGAAGUAUAAAACUGUGUUAAAACAGGGCUCAUGCUGACUGGAAGGAAUUGCCAGAACAGAAGAACAGAGGAUACAUGUUUAAUAUGAUGUUAAAUAUAUUCUUCAUGCCUCCAGCUAUGUUAUCAAAGCAAUGUGGAAUAAAUAUGUUUCUUGUCCACCAUCCCUAAUAUCAUGGUUUAGAAGUUCUAUGAUCUGUGAUUACCUCCAAACCUUCAGCACCUUUUAUUAGAUUUAACAAACUCUCAGUUAUGUAAAUAUAAUUUUAAAGCCAAGUUGACUGAGGAUCUAGAAAUAUGUUUUGCCAUAAAGAAACACAGGCAUUCCUGUGGGCAUUUUUCACUGUACUCUACGGAGUAUAAACUAUAUUCCAAUGUAGUGCUGUGUUUUUAUUCUACCACUGCUAUGUAGUGUGACACUUCUGUCUAAUCAACGUACUCUCCAAAUCAAACAGGAUUGUGCCUUUUGUGAGCUGUAAAUAAAGAGCUGCUUUCUAUAUACCAAAAACAAAAUAAAAUAUGUAUACCUUCAUAUUG